GUCUGCAAUCUCUCCGAAGUAGGAGGCGGAUAUUGGGUGAGGUAAAGGGAGAUUGAAGGAGCGAAAAUAGUUGCUGAAGCGGAAAUAUUGAGAAAGAGAAUACAUUUUGGAUUGAACAAAAUAUAUACAUAUUUAUUUUUAGUAUACGUAUAUUACCGAACUCAAAGCUAUAUAUAGUUUAAGGUGAGACCAAGUGGGUGGUUAAGUAGCUCACGCCCGGCUUUGUACUAGGAGCUGAGUUCGCCGGUAUUGUAAUUGCAGACGCGCGGAGAGGUGAAAAGCCCCCCGCCCUCCUCCACUAAUCCCGGGCUGCGGGAGGCUCGUUGACUGACUGAUUGAUGCCAAUUCAUUCCAGUGGAUGUGGCCAGAACUCUCUUACAGGGCGACCAUGGGCUUGACGGGGAAGAAAUCGGAGAAAGGCCCGGUGUGCUGGAGGAGGAGGGUGAAGUCUGAGUACAUGCGGCUCCGGCAGCUCAAGAGGUUCAGGAGAGCGGACGAGGUGAAGAGCAUGUUUAACUCCAAUCGGCAGAAGAUUCUGGAACGCACGGAUAUUCUGAACCAGGAGUGGAAGCGGCGUCGGAUACAGCCCGUGCACAUCAUGACAUCUGUAAGCUCCUUGCGUGGGACCAGAGAGUGCACUGUGGACAGUGGCUUCUCGGAGUUCUCCAAGCAAGUGAUUCCCCUGAAGACUCUGAACGCCGUGGCCUCUGUGCCCGUGAUGUACUCAUGGUCACCCCUCCAGCAGAACUUCAUGGUGGAAGAUGAGACUGUUUUGCACAACAUCCCCUAUAUGGGGGAUGAAAUCCUGGACCAGGAUGGCACCUUCAUUGAGGAGCUCAUUAAGAACUAUGAUGGCAAAGUCCAUGGGGACAGAGAAUGUGGCUUCAUAAAUGAUGAGAUCUUUGUGGAGCUGGUCAAUGCACUCAAUCAGUACAGCGACAAUGAGGAUGACGAAGAAGAGGAAGACCAGAACGAGUAUAAGCUGGAGAAGAUGGACCUGUGCGAUGGCAAGGACGACAGCGACGACCCCAGGAAGGACCAGCUGCUCAGCUCCGAAGGGAGAGGAAGUGAAAACUCGAAAAAGUUUCCCUCGGACAAGAUAUUUGAGGCCAUAUCUUCCAUGUUUCCUGACAAAGGGUCUACAGAAGAGCUCAAAGAAAAGUACAAAGAGCUGACGGAGCAGCAGCUUCCCGGGGCGCUGCCCCCAGAGUGCACCCCCAACAUCGACGGCCCCAACGCCAAGUCCGUGCAGCGGGAGCAGAGCCUGCACUCCUUCCACACGCUCUUCUGCCGGCGCUGCUUCAAGUACGACUGCUUCCUGCACCCCUUCCACGCGACUCCGAACACGUAUAAGCGCAAGAACAUGGAGAACCUGGUGGACACCAAGCCCUGCGGCAUCGAAUGCUACAUGUAUCUGGUGCAGGACGGCAUGGUGCGGGAGUACCCAGCAGGCCUGAUGGCGGAGAGAGCCAAGACCCCGUCCAAGCGGACGGUGGGGCGCCGCAGGGGGAGGCUGCCCAACAGCAGCAGCCGGCCCAGCACCCCCACCGUCAACGCCGACACCAAGGACACGGACAGCGACCGGGAGGCCGGGGGCGACGCGGGGGGGGACUGCAACGACAAGGACGACGAUGACAAGAAGGACGAGACCACCAGCUCUUCAGAGGCCAACUCGCGCUGCCAGACCCCGGUGAAGCUGAAGCUGAGCUCGGAGCCCCCGGAGGCGGUGGACUGGAGCGGGGCCGAGGCCUCCCUCUUCCGCGUGCUCAUCGGGACGUACUACGACAACUUCUGCGCCAUCGCCCGCCUCAUCGGCACCAAGACCUGCAGACAGGUGUAUGAAUUCCGGGUAAAAGAGUCCAGCAUUAUCGCUCGCGCUCCUGCAGAAGAUGUGGACACUCCACCGAGAAAGAAGAAGAGGAAACACAGUUGUAGGUUGUGGGCCACGCAUUGCAGGAAGAUCCAGCUGAAGAAAGAUGGCUCCUCCAAUCACGUGUACAACUACCAGCCAUGUGACCAUCCUCGCCAGCCGUGCGACAGCUCCUGCCCUUGUGUCACUGCCCAGAACUUUUGCGAGAAGUUCUGCCAGUGCAGCUCUGAGUGUCAGAACCGCUUCCCCGGCUGCCGCUGCAAGGCGCAGUGCAACACCAAGCAGUGCCCGUGCUACCUGGCGGUGCGCGAGUGCGACCCCGACCUCUGCCUGACCUGCGGCGCCGCCGAGCACUGGGACAGCAAGAACGUCUCCUGCAAGAACUGCAGCAUCCAGCGGGGCGCCAAGAAGCACUUACUGCUGGCUCCCUCUGAUGUCGCCGGCUGGGGCAUUUUCAUCAAAGAGCCCGUGCAGAAGAACGAGUUCAUCUCCGAGUACUGCGGAGAGAUCAUCUCCCAGGACGAGGCGGACCGCAGGGGGAAGGUGUACGACAAGUACAUGUGCAGCUUCCUGUUCAACUUGAACAACGACUUCGUCGUUGACGCCACGCGGAAGGGCAACAAGAUCCGCUUCGCCAACCAUUCCGUGAACCCCAACUGCUAUGCAAAAGUAAUGAUGGUGAAUGGAGAUCACAGAAUAGGUAUUUUUGCUAAGAGGGCAAUACAAACUGGUGAGGAGCUAUUCUUUGAUUACAGGUACAGCCAGGCAGACGCCCUCAAGUAUGUCGGCAUCGAAAGAGAAAUGGAGAUCCCGUGAAGCCAUAUACCUCCUCUUCGACAAAAUGCCUUAUACUCUUCAGGAAUUUUUACAAUCGCGCGUUUUUACCAUGUCUGAGCUUUGAGCACCAGAGCCUGUAGGGUAAUGAGCGUUACCUGCUCUGCGUCAUUUGUAACGGUGAUUUCAGAAAUCAAAAUUUUUACUUACUUUUUUCACAUGGAAAUGCCUGUUUUUUUUUUCACACGGAAAUGCCUGUUUUUUUUAAAUCUGUCAAAUCUCUUGUAAAUCUACUACAGUCAUGGAACAAUUGAAAACAGACUUCAGUACUUGAACAUUCAUUCCUGUUUACAGUAACUUAGGGUUGAAAUAAAUCCAUCUUUAAACUGGUAAGACUUAUUUUUAAGGACCAUGCUUUGAGGUUGGUGUAAACGUGCUGAUGGGGGGGGGGGUGUAUUUCUUUGAGACUACUGCCAGUUUUUUCUUAUUUCUGAUUACAUUUAUUGCACAACUAUACUACAGAAGACUGCAUACAUUCAAACCGGUCAUACUAAACGUGUGGUAUGCGCACAGACCACAUGGAGACUGCCAUACGUAAAUUGUGUGUGUUGUAACACUUUACAAAUUGGUCUGUAUCAAUGUGAAAACCAAAGUCAUUAUUGUUCAUACGUUAAGCCUGCAUGUCAUCUCACAAGUUGAAUAGUAUUUGCCUUUAGUGCUUACGCACACCGUUUAGCUGUAAGAGUAAUAAAAUGUUGAAAUGUGAAGUAUAUCUACUGUGCGGGGUGCCUUAACUGAAUGUUAAUUUGCUCCAAAAAAUCAAAAAAAAAAAUCACAUUAGCCAAUGUACCAGCAUGUCCUCUUCAACUGUAGAUGUGAGGACAGGAAACGUGACGGGGGGGGGGGGGGGACAGCUAUCAUGCUUGAAUAUACUCUGUGUCCCAGUGUUGUCUAGGUCAUUAACAUAGCUAACAGGGACACUGGUGCUCCGGAGGGGAGGGGAGGGGAGGGGAGGGGGGAGAAGCAUAAACUACACUGGCCUUUCUCCACAAUUGCAUCAUUGUUUUACAAUGGCCAGUGCUUCAUUGUGUGAAAAUAAUGGUUGAAUCCAGAGAAAUCAUAUUGACCAGAAGUUUUUGUUCCUGAACUUAAAUCUUGGAACAAAUUUGGAACUGUCCCUAUUUAUUUCUUGCGGAUUAUGUAAACUAGUUUUGCAUAUUUUUAAUUUAUUGAAAACUUGGGCUCUGAAUGAUACAAAAUGCUUUGGCAAUACCAGGUAAAAAAAUAAAAAAAAGGUUGUGGUUCUCUUCAUUUUUUUGUGUAACAGUUAACUGAUUUAAUUUGUAUUGAAACAGGAGUAAUUUAACUUUUGCCAGGAUGUGUACUUUUAUAUUUAAAUGAAUCAUCAAAAACUGACUUGUCCUUGUUGUGUCCCUCCUGUUUUUCUGGAGGGUUUCUGUGACCAGUCCACCUCUGUUGCUGCCUCCGAAUAUAAGGUGCUGAAUUUCAAUGUUUUCAGGAAAUACUGUUGAAUAAAAUAAAUAAACAUUGAAAUUGUCUCCAUGA